AUGUCGCUUCCCACAUCAGAAGAAUCGACAUCUUCUUCAUCUGGAUACGAACAACGUGCUCUGUUUCCUGAUAUUCAAAGAGAUGAUAUUCAAGUUGGAGAUCAUAUUGGAGUAGGAUCAUUUGGAGCUGUUUUCAGUGGAACAUGGACACUUCCAGAUGCCAGUCAACGUAUAAUUGCCCUCAAAAAAGUAUUCGUUCUGGAGAAAGAAGCAGAGAUUCUCUCGAAAAUUCGACACAAGAACAUUAUUCAGUUUUAUGGAAUUUGUAAAGCAACGGGAAAUGAUUAUUUUAUUGUGACUGAAUAUGCUGAAAGAGGAAGUUUAUACGAUUUCAUACAUUCCGAAGAAUCUCAUAAUCUUGCAACGGCUUCGGGUUUGAAUUGUUUCGAUGUCGUUGUCAAAUGGGCAUCUCAGAUAGCUAAUGGAAUACAAUAUCUUCAUUAUGAUGCAGUGGACACGAUUAUUCAUAGAGAUCUUAAAUCAAAAAAUGUGGUUCUGGAUAAGAAUUUGGUUUGCAAGAUUUGUGAUUUCGGAACUUCGAAGGAUCUGACACAUUCUUGCACGGCACCAUCGUGGGGUGGAACUGCCGCAUGGAUGAGCCCUGAAAUGAUUCUUCAAUCCGAGGGACUGACAACUGCCACCGACGUAUGGAGCUAUGGAGUGGUUCUUUGGGAGAUUUUAUCAAGAGAAGUACCAUACAAAGAUUACUCGGAAUUCAGAAUAUUCACUUUGAUCACACAGUCUGGAAUCACUCUUGCGAUCCCUCCGACAUGUCCGGCUCCACUGAAACAACUAAUGAAUAAUUGUUGGAAGAUGACACCGAAGGAUCGAGCAAAUAUGCGACAGAUUCAAGGAGAACUCAAUCGACUACAGGGAAAUCAAAAAGUGAUGGACGAGUGUGAGAAGUUUAUGGAGCUGGAAGAUUGGAAAACGGAAAUUGCAAAGCAGGAGAAAAAUGUAGAGAAUAUUCAGAAAAUGCGAAAAGAUCUAGAAAAACGUCGAGAACAGUUGGAAAUCCGAGAGAAAGCAUUGAAAAAUCGAAUGAAAGUGGAGCAAGCAGUUUUGGAUUCGGCACGUCAUCCGCCAGAAGACGUUCAUCAAUGGAGCGAGCAUCACACUUCGCAUUGGGUUGAGACUGUGCUUGCCCGAGUUGCUAACGACAAAAAGUUUCUGGAUCGUGUGAAUGCGGCGGUCUUCAGAAAUAGAAUCACUGGAGCACGGCUUCUGGAAAUGACCCAAAAUGAUUUGGAACAUUUGGGAGUUCAAAAAGUUGGAUCAAGAAUCGAACUGAUGAAGAUGAUAAGAAAACUGAAGGAUACUCAAAAAGUGUUGCAUGCUUUUCCAACUCUUGAGCAAGCUAAACAAAUUGAAAUGAGCUUGAAGACCGAAAAAGAGUCGGCUGGUCACUUGGCAAAUGGAGUGGAUAUUGUUAUAAUCGUUGGGAUGUAUGUCAGAAAAAUGAGUCCGACUUUGAGAAAAUUUAAAUUCUACGCCGACUCGGACUGGAUCGAUGAGACUGAUAUUCCGGCAAAAUCGAAAUCCAAACAUGCUUCAGCGCUCAUCAAAACAGUCUGCUUUUCGGUUCUUGAUGAUAAUACAAAGGUAGUUUUGAAUGAUGUUUCCAUUUCUAUUCUUCAAAUUCGAUUUCAGAAGCCGAUUAAUGAGCCAGCAUGCUCAAUUUCUAGUGGUAUGACAACAAAUCCAGAUUGGAUUACUGUAGACACUGAAGACGAUAUAAAAAUCAAACGUCUAUUUUGCGGAUACUGUGGUGAGAAUCAUUUCAAUAAUUUUUUCUCAAAGUUUAUUUUUCAGACCCAACCACGGAAUACUGAAAUUGUGGAGUUGGUAACCUCUUUGGAAGAGAGUAAGAUUUUAGAAGAACGACAUGUUCAUUUACGUCUUCGGAGAAGUUCAAGUAGUGCUUCUGUAUCAACACCUUCUCCUUCUGUCGUUCCUCCUGUCUACCAGCCAUUUGGUCAUUUAACUAAUGGAUUCCAUCAUACUACAAGCUCACCUCAAUUGCGUGGAUUUUGGCAUCGAAAACAAGCUGGAAUGAAUAGACACGGACUGACGGAGACAGAAUUAAGCAGUCUUCAAGAGCAUUUGAGAACACCUUCCCCGGAUAAGAAUGGGGAUGAGAAUGUAGUUCUCGCUGUUCCGAAAAUUCCUAGGAGAAGAAGAACAACGACUACAAAUUCGGAAGAGAAAGAUCCGAAAGAGCCGGACCCUCGUACUCGUCGCGUUCAUGUGCAUGGAGGAAAGGAUAAAUGGAAUUGGAAAAAAGGGAAAUCAAAACCGAAAUUUAAUUAA